UCACUUAUCUUCUAAUUCCAGAUUUUCCAAAAUAAUGCACGCCUAGACUUUGUUACAAAAGUGAGAAAUCAAAAACAUUUUCUAACCGGAAAAUUUCAACAGUUUUGAAGUUCCUUGCUGAUUAAAGUUUCAAACUCAAAUUCAAUAAUUCAACGCCUUCCAUAAAUAAAUACAAAUUAAUUCCAGAACAAUGCAUGAGAGACGAGUAAAAAAAAUCAAGGGUGGUCAUUAUGUUGCCACACAUGGUCGUUCAACCCCCGACCCACCCUAUGUUCACUCAAAUCGUGGCUAUUCCACCGAUGGCGAGGAAUCACAUCGGGCACCCUCGGAGCGCACGAUGUCCGAGUAUACAAUAGCCCAUGAACGUACCUCGCCGCAAGGGCAUUAUCAUUCAUCGCGUAAAACCCGCAUCAAUAAUGGUCAUUCGAAUGGCCACUAUUCGACGUCGGUAGUCGAUAGUGGUGGUCCACGCUCUCUCAGUGGCCCACCACCAACCCGGCUGCCACCACGAGCCCCCUCAGCUCUGAGCUAUGAUCAUAAUGGUGGAGAUACUGGCAGUGAUAUUUAUGUGACCAGUGCGGCUUACAAGGCACCAUCCGAAAUAAGUCGCUACAGUCAUCGCCCACCAUCGAGAGCACCGCGCAGUGUUUACUCCGUAGCCAGUACUGCCAAAACGGGUCGCAGUGCCCGAAGCACAACAAAACGUGGAGCCAAAAUCGAAACAAUGUCAGCCCCAAAUCCCUUCUGUCCCAAUGUUAAGGGUGUCUGCUGUCUGAUGUUGCUGUUGAAUUUGGGUCUGAUCUUGGUAACGCUAGGCUUUGUGAUUGUGGUGCAAUUCUAUGAACCGUUGUAUGUGUGGAUCCUUGGUAUCAUUUUCCUAAUUUUCGGUUUCUUAACGCUCAUCGGUUGUAUGGUCUACUGUGUGUAUGUGUGUCGAGAUGCCAAAACGCCAUCACAAGUUCGAAAUGAAGAUCUCUAUUGGACCCGACAUUGGCAAAAGAAUAUCGGCUAUACACCGCAAGAAAUCAAUUAUAAGGCAGAUAAAUACGAUGCCUAUUCGGAUCGUUAUUCGGUUGGUAAAAUGAGUGGCAAAUAUUCCGAUAGAGAAAGUAAUCGUUAUUAAGAUAAAAAACGAUUACCUCAGCCUGACCUGAGAAAUACCAAGUAACCGCCAACCGAAUACAACACACACAUACGUUCACGUACUUAAAGUCCAAACAAAAAAAUAUAAUUAAUUGUAUUCUAACAAACGUACCUGCUGCAGCAAGUGACUUGCAAGUUCGUAUGGUUAGCAGAGAAUGAAAUAUAACUCUAUAUCAUAUAAUGAAAAUAUUUAAUAAUUUUUAUAUGCAUAUAAAUGUGUAAAUGUUUAAUUGUUAUAAUAGAUUUAACUAAUUUUAAUGACAAAAUAUAAAUAAUGAAGUAAAAAAAGAAAUGAUUAAUUUAUUUAAUCGUUUUUUU